AUGUCUACCAAGAAUCUUAAUGCUUUUCAUAUUCUCAUCUUACUUUGCUUCCUUCUUUUACGUUUUGCUAACCCACUGAACUAUCCCGCCGUUUUCAACUUCGGUGAUUCCAACUCCGACACCGGCGAGCUCACCUCAGGCGUCGGUUUCAGUCUUCCUCCUCCUUACGGAGAGCUCUACUUUAAUGAUACGUUGUCAUCGGGUCAUUCGGGUGGGAGGUUUUCUGAUGGCCGUCUCAUUAUCGAUUUUCUCAUGGGGGCAAUGAACCUUCCAUUUCUGAACCCCUAUUUGGAUUCAGUUGGCAUACCAAGUUUCCGAUAUGGGUGCAAUUUUGCAGCGGCAGGAGCUACUACAGAGCCAGCAAAUGCCACAUUUGUCUGCCCCUUUUCAUUUGGGAUUCAGGUCUCUCAGUUUUCGCGAUUCAAAGCUCGGGCUCUUCAAUUACUAGCUGUUAAAGGUAUGGUACUUGAGAAUUAUCUACCCUCGGAAGAUUCCUUUCAGAAGGGGCUUUAUGUGUUUGAUAUAGGCCAAAAUGAUCUUGCUGGUGCAUUUUAUUCUAAAACACUGGAUCAGAUUCUUGCAUUUAUUCCAACUAUUUUGGCACAAUUUGAAACAGGGAUAAAGAGAUUGUAUGAUCAAGGUGCUAGGAACUUUUGGAUACACAAUACAGGUCCUCUUGGGUGCUUGACUCAGAAUGUGGCCACAUUUGGAACUGACCCAUCAAAGCUAGAUGAGCACGGAUGUGUUAGCGCACACAACCAAGCAGCUAACACUUUCAACCUACAGCUUCAUGACCUCAGUAAAAAGUUGCAAGGCCAGUAUUCUGAUGCAAAUAUCACAUAUGUUGAUAUCUUCUCCAUAAAAUACGAUCUCAUUGCAAAUUAUUCUCAACAUGGUUUUCAGCAACCUAUUAUGGCUUGCUGUGGGUAUGGAGGUCCGCCUUUGAACUAUAACAGUCAGGUUUCUUGUGGAUCAACAAAGGUCUUGAAUGGCACAACUGUAACUGCCAAAGGGUGUAACGAUAGUUCUCUGUAUGUCAGUUGGGAUGGAAUUCAUUACACUGAGGCUGCAAAUCAGUUUGUCUCAUCAGAGAUACUAACCGGAAAGUAUAAUGAUCCUCCUUCGUCAAGCAACAUUUCUUUCCUCUCAAGUACUAAAAGUUAAAACCCCAAAGUGGUGAUUUGUGGAUUGUUGUAGUCUUGUUUUUCCACCAAUUUGAGCAUUCAUAUGUACUCAAGCAAGCCUUACUCACAAUAGACAAUAAAACAAUGCAGAUACCUGA